AUGAAUUUCACGCUCGACGACCUGAAGAGCCAGGUCACCAACCUGACGCUCUACGAUGUCAAGGCCGCCGUUCGCAAAGCCCAGAAUGUGGUGAUGAACUUCACCGAGAUGGAGGCUAAGGUCCGAGAAGCCACCAACAAUGAGCCAUGGGGAGCUUCGUCUACUCUUAUGAAUGAAAUUGCCGCCGGAACCUUCAAUUACCAGCAAUUGAACGAGAUCAUGCCCAUGAUCUAUAAGCGAUUCACCGAAAAGGCAGCAGAAGAAUGGAGACAGAUCUACAAGGCUCUCCAAUUACUAGAAUUCCUGGUCAAAAACGGCUCCGAACGGGUGGUUGACGAUGCCCGACAGCACAUAUCGACCGUCAAGAUGCUCAAGCAAUUCCACUUCAUAGACCAGAACGGCAAAGAUCAAGGUUUGAACGUACGAAACCGAGCUAAGGAGUUAGCUGAGCUACUCGCCGAUGUCGAAAAGAUCCGCGCCGAACGGAAGAAGUCGAAAUCGAGUAGAGGCAAGUUCCAGGGAAUGGAGGGUGGUGGUAUGGGAAGUUUUGGUGGUGUGGGGAGUAGCAGCUAUGGCGGGGGCGGUGGUGGCUUUAGCGGCGGUAGCGGAGGCGGAGGUGGAGGUGGAGGCGGAAGCCGAUACGGUGGAUUUGGGUCGGAAGACUUGGAGUAUGGUGGCUAUUCCGGUGGAGUUUAUGGCGAUGGUGGAGGUUUCAGUACAGGUACAUCAUCUUCCUAUGCAGAUACAUCAAGGCGAGGGAACCAGUACGAGGAAUACAACGAAUACGAUGAGGGAGCCAUCACGCCAGCAUCUCCACCUCCCAAGAAACCUUCACGACCAGAACCCCCCAAAGCUGCACCAAAGAAAGAACCUGCCGUGGACCUGCUCUUCGGAGACGCUCCUGCACCAGCAGCUACUUCGAAAGCCGGCGGCGCCUCGAAAUCGGCCUUGGACGACGAUUUUGGUAAUUUCAAGACGGGCAAUGAUGAGGAUGAAUUCGACGACUUUAUUUCUGCCGCACCGAUCUCUCCACCACCGACUAAUACUGCCAACCGAACCAUCACACCAAUUCCUGCUUUGACCUCACUCCCCGCGACGAGCACUGCCACAUUUGUAUCUCCAAAACCAGUUUCAGCCUCUCAGAACCAGGGCAUGCAAGACCUUGUCGGAUUCAAGACAGCCUCUCCAGCGCCAUCGAUUGGUUCCCAGGCGUCCAGCUCGAUCGCGAAACCGAUGCAACCGCUGCAACCUACCGGAUACCAGCCAGCCCAGCCCAACUACUUCACUUCGAUUCCAUUAAACUCAUCCACGAGUUCGACUCCCAUGUCCCCAACGUUGAGCAGCGGUCUGGGAAGGACUAAUACUGGUGCUACAACGCCAAACUCUGCAGCCGGUGGACCCAAGAAAGCCGGUGGCGAUGCCUUCGGAAACAUUUGGAACACUGUAAGCAUAGGCGCUGGCGUCAAAAAGCCCGCUACACCAACCGCUCCCCAGGCUAGCAUGGCAGCUAUGCAAAAGGAGAAGGCUUCCGCCGGGAUCUGGGGGACUACGGGAACAUCCACCAACAAUAACAACAAGCCCGCCGGCGGUAGCGGCUCCUCGAGUGCCUUUGAUCUACUAGGUUAA